AUCGCAAAAUGUCCCUCGCGACCGCGCAGGGCGGUACCAGCCCCGCCAAAGACGGCGACCUCCCCUCUGCAGCGGCCGCCACCUCGCCGCGCCAAGCCUCCGAGGACCCGUUCGCAAACCUCGACCCGUCGCUGCAUCCCGUCACGCUCAACAGCGUCGAGACCGAGGCGCAGAACCCCCUCACCCACUUUGCCCAGCACGUGCUCGAUGACCACGAUGGCGGGCUGCUCGGCUUCAACGUCGACGGUGACCAGGGUAACGCGUUGUUUACGGCCACGGGCGAGGCGAGAUUCGGCGAGCUCUUAGAAGCGGCCGGCCAGAGCGAGCGCGUCCUCGAGCAGCAGUCGACAAACGGCGGCCACGACGACGCGUUCACCAUCAACUCGCUCGAGGCUGGCGCGGAGGGCGGCCACAACGAGGAGGUGGGCGAGGAUGGUGUGGUCAAGAUGGGCAGGCUCGUCGGCCGCCCGAAGCGGCGACGCGAUGGAGAAGAGAUAAUCGUCGGCCCCGUGGAGAAUGGCGAGCCCAUCGACCCCAUCAAGAUGAAGAAGGACAGCCACAAAGAGGUUGAGCGCAGGCGGCGAGAGAACAUCAACGACGGAAUCAACGAGAUUGCGCGUCUCGUUCCCGGCGGCAGUGAGAAGAUGGGCAAGGGCAUGCUACUGCGCCGCGCUGCCGACUACCUGGGCGACAUUGCGAACAAGAUGGGUCGCUUUGAUGAGGAGCUGACGAGCAAGGACCGCGAGAAGCAGACGAUCCAGUCCGAGCUCGUGCACUCGCAAGCCCGCUUGGCCGAGGAGCACGCGCGUUCGAUGCGCUUCGAGACGUCGUGGCGCGAGGCCGAGGACCGCGCGGCGGCCUCGCAGUUCGAGGUGGAUCGCCUCAAGACCGAGAUCGAGCAGCUGAAAAAGAAGCUGGCGGAGCAGGAGGCAUGAGUUGAGCUGUGAAGCUGGUUGUUCCAGACUAGACGCCGAGGCGAUGUUGUAUGUGUAGAGAGGCGGGCGAUGACCGUUACGUGUUUGGAGCAGAUGAAUGGACUGGC